ACGUAUCCGUACAUCUCUCUCGUUCCUUUCUACUAGAAACCUGCUUAAACCCCUGGCUCUGUAAAUGAGGCCCAGAGUUUCAUUACACAAUGCCAUUGCCGCAUCUUUCAAGUCUCCGCUUCCUCUUCCUCUCUUCUUCUCCUGCUCUAUCUCCUUCUAAAUUUCCCUUCUUUCCUUCUCUAUACUCUCCCAAAUCCCCUUUUCUCUUCACCGUUCUCGCCUCUUCUUCACCAAAACGCCGUCGUAGCACCGCCGCUCCCCCCUCUCUCGAUUUCAAACGGAGAAACAGUAGCAGUUUGAGAGAGACCAAAGGGAAAGAGAAGUCGGUGCCUAUGGAGGAGACUGAAGCUACGUCUUUUGGGUUUAACAAGAGGAGGGCAGAGGGCAGAGAUAAAAGUGAUUUGCCCAAAAAGAAUCUCCAGCUUAAAGUUAGGAAGUUGAAUCCCGCCAAUACGAUUUCUUACGUGCAGAUACUGGGAACUGGAAUGGACACUCAAGAUACGUCGCCUUCGGUCUUGCUUUUCUUCGAUAAACAGAGAUUCAUUUUUAAUGCUGGAGAGGGGUUGCAACGAUUCUGCACGGAACAUAAGAUUAAGUUAUCCAAGAUAGAUCACAUAUUCCUUUCCCGCGUAUGUUCAGAGACUGCUGGUGGACUUCCUGGUUUGUUGCUGACUCUGGCUGGCAUUGGAGAAGUUGGAAUGUCUGUCAAUGUCUGGGGUCCUUCUGAUUUGAAGUAUUUAGUUGAUGCAAUGAAGUCUUUCAUACCAAAUGCUGCCAUGGUUCACACACGGAGCUUUGGACCUGCACUUAGUUCAGACGUGGAUGCUGUCCAUGAAUUGAGUAAGUUUUGUGAUCCCAUUGUCCUUGUUGAUGAUGAGGUAGUCAAGAUAUCGGCAAUUUUGGUACAUCCAAGGUCAAAUAGAGGGUUCCAGCUGUUCGAUGAAGAUGACAUGGGCUGGACUCAAGAAGAAAGAAGAAACCAUGAUUCUGAAGCUAGAAGUUCAACAACCAAAACUUCAUCUACAGUAAAGCCAGGUGACAUGUCUGUAGUAUAUGUAUGUGAACUUCCUGAGAUUAAGGGGAAGUUUGAUCCAUCAAAAGCAGCUGCAUUUGGUCUUAAACCUGGGCCAAAAUAUCGUGAGUUACAACUUGGAAAUUCAGUGAUGUCAGAUCGCCAAAAUAUCAUGGUUCAUCCAAGUGAUGUCCUUGGCCCCUCAGUUCCUGGUCCAGUUGUGUUACUUGUUGAUUGUCCAACAGAAUCUCAUUUGUCAGAGUUGAUGGCUUUGCAAUCUCUGAAACCCUAUUAUGAAGACUUCUUGAGCGAUGAGACUGAAACUGGUAAGGUGGUAACAUGUGUUAUUCAUCUUAGUCCUGCUUCUAUCCUUAGUAGUCCCAAUUACCAGAAAUGGGUGAAGAGAUUAGGGUCAGCCCAACACAUCAUGGCUGGCCAUGAUAGAAAGAAUGUUGCAAUUCCAAUUCUAAGAUCCAGCGCAAAAAUUGCUGCAAGGCUUAAUCAUUUGUGUCCUCAAUUAUUUCCAGCCCCAGGCUUCUUGUCCCAUCAACAGCUUACUAUCCCAGGAUCAGAUUCCUGUGCCUCAACUGAGAUAGAAGUAUCAAAUCAUUACAAAAGCACAUUAGCUGAAAAUCUUCUAAAGUUCACCUUGCGCCCCUAUGCACAACUUGGAUUGGAUCGAUCUAGUAUUCCUAGUCAGGAAACUAUGUCAGAGAUUAUCAAUGCUCUGCAUUCUGAGAUACCAGAGAUUGUGGAUGCUGUUGAUCACGUUAGUCAGCUUUGGCAGGGUUCUGCUGAAACAGAUGAGAAAACUCCUGUUGAAGAUAAUAAUGCAAUGGUUGAAGAACCAUGGCUCGAUGAGAAUAAAGUUCCAAGUUGUCUGGAAAAUAUUAGGAGAGAUGACUUGGAAAUUGUUCUUCUUGGUACAGGGUCGUCCCAGCCAUCCAAGUACAGAAAUGUCAGUUCUAUUUACAUUAAUCUUUUCUCGAAAGGAAGUAUGCUCUUAGAUUGUGGCGAAGGAACCUUGGGUCAGCUUAAAAGAAGAUAUGGAGUAGAGGGUGCUGAUGCUGCUGUGAGGAGCCUAAGAUGUAUUUGGAUUUCUCACAUCCAUGCAGACCAUCACACUGGACUGGCCAGAAUACUUGCUCUACGGCGUGAUUUGUUGCAGGAAGUCCCCCAUGAACCUGUACUAGUAAUCGGGCCAAGACAACUUAAAAGAUAUUUGGAUGCAUACCAAAGAUUAGAAGAUUUAGAUAUGCAGUUCCUUGAUUGUAAGCACACAACACAAGCAUCAUUGGAAGCUUUUCAGAAUGUUGCUUCAGAAAUUGAAAAGUUGCCCUCAGAAAGUACCACCAGUUCCACAUAUGGAAGCAGCACACUGAUAGGUGGAGCCAUCGAACAGAAAACCGCGUCUAGUUUAUUCGUCAAAGGAUCUCGUAUGCAGAGCUACUGGAAGGGUCCUAGUAGCCCAGUUGAUAUCAGCGUGGCCAUGCCACUUCUUAAAUGCUUGAAUAAAGUUCUGAAUGAAGCUGGUCUGGAAGCUUUAGUUAGCUUCCCAGUUGUGCACUGUCCACAGGCUUAUGGUGUUGUCUUAAAGGCUGCUGAAAGGGUUAAUUUGGAUGGAAAAGUCAUACCUGGGUGGAAGAUCAUUUACUCGGGUGACACUCGACCUUGUCCCGAGCUGAUGGAAGCAUCUCGUGGUGCGACACUUCUUAUACAUGAGGCUACUUUUGAGGACAGUUUGGUGGAUGAGGCCAUGGCAAAAAACCACAGCACAACUUCAGAAGCUAUAGACAUAGGGAACUCCGCUGGAGCAUAUCGAAUCAUCCUUACGCAUUUCAGCCAAAGAUACCCAAAAAUUCCUGUGGUCGAUGAGAGACAUAUGCACAAGACGUGCAUUGCAUUUGACUUGAUGAGUGUUAAUGUGGCAGAUUUGUUAGUACUUCCUAAGGUCCUCCCCUACUUGAAACUCCUUUUCAGAAAUGAGAUGAUGGUAGACGAAUCUGAUGAUAUUGUCACUAUGGAGUCUUAGACAGUUAGGAGAAAACAUUUAGUUUCAAUUGACAUAGGCCAAAUUCAUUCUUUUGAAGGUCAAUAUUUACUUGUAAUUUAAGCCACUGUGUCAUGGAAUGCACCAGAUGUAGCUGAAAGUUGCUCCUAAGAUUGAAAAAUUGAUAUUACAUAGGAGAUGUAAACAAGUCAAAAAGGGCACUGUUCAGAAAUUUGCAUGUAUACAUACAAGAAUGGGAGAAAAAGAAAACCUUUGAAACUA